AUGACAGAGAAGACAGACAAGUCCAUGGGGGGGCCGUCCACACCGGGAGACCCAGAGACGGUCCCACUGGAAGAGUGCUCUCGCGCUCCGUCCAACGACCACCUCAGCCUGCGCACGGAAAGCACCAUCUUCAGCCUCGCCCGCACCGAGUCUCAGGGGACCCCCACCCUCCCUCGCAGAGCCUGGAGGUCCCACCGCCCUGCCAUCAUCCUCAUGUCCACCGGGGGCAGCAUGCUGCUUGCGGGCUUCGUACUAUGUGGCCUCUAUUUCGCUGAGGAAUACUCCAAGCUCAGUGCCAACGAUACCAGUGCCAAACUUAUAAGUACCAGAACCAACCAAACAAUGUACAGUCUGAUCUGUGGUACCAUCAUGGGCCCGCCGCUCCUCUCAAUUGGUCUGAUGGUGAUGAUGGUGGGUGUGGUUCUCAUCCCUGUUACCCGGGAGAUGAGGCAGCAGAGCAUGAAGAGGCUGUACUCUUUUAAGCCACAACAACUCAGUAUGUGA